AUGUCUGACCAAAACGUCUCAGUUGCAGCAGCGGCUAUUCUCUUCUUGAAAGACCACUACAUCACGUUGGUUUUAUGCCUCACCAUUUUGAGCUACGUUUAUGGUCGAUUCCGUCCAGGCCUCGCGUCUGUUCCAGGCCCAUUUCUUGCAAAAUGGACGAAGCUCUGGCGUCUUUACGAUGUGUACCAGGGUAAAUCUCAUGAGACUUCCAUUGGGCUACACGAAAAGUACGGCCCACUCGUGAGAGUAGCGCCAAACAUUGUGUCAGUUGGUGAUCCGCAAGCAAUUAAGACCAUAUACGGAUUAACUGGCGCAUUUCCCAAGUCCGCGUUCUAUCCGAUUCAAAGCAUUUCGUGGCAAAAGAAACCACAGAUGAACCUUUUCUCCACUCGAGACCCAGUCUAUCACCGAGACCAGAAGAAAAAGGUCGCAGGAGCUUUCAGCCUGACCAACUUAUUAGAAUCAGAGGCUGCAAUUGACUCUUGCACUGAAUUGUUCAUGUCUCGCCUUGAUCAGUGGGCUUCUAAUGGCAAACCUAUCGAUCUCGGCAUGUGGCUUCAGUACUACGCGUUCGACGUCGUAGGUGAAGUGAAUUUCGCUCAGAAGCUCGGCUUUUUGGAAACGGGCGGGGAUGUUGAUGGUAUGAUAAAAACAAUCGAGGGUAUCAUCGCCUAUGCCUCCAUCUGUGGACAAGUACCCGAGAUGCACACCCUCUUGUUGGGUAACCCUCUUUUUCCAUACUUGAUCCCAUCUAUGGAGACUUGGAAUGCAGUCUUGACUUUCACUCUCAAGGCUAUCAAUGCUCGUACACCUAUGAAACGAGACGGUGAGCUGGAGCUUUCUGAUGUGGGAGGGAAGGAUUUGUUGUCCAGGUGGGCUGCAGUGAAAAACAAGGAUCCACUCAAGAUGAGUACUAGAGAUGCUAUCGUGCAUCUUUCAGCCAAUGUGUUUGCAGGUUCGGACACCACCGCCAUUGCCCUCCGAGCAGUUAUCUACUUCCUCAUAAAGAGCCCUGAAGAAAUGAAUAAGGUAUUAGAGGAUAUCGAUGCUGCCGAUAAGGAUGGAAAGCUCAGUGAGCUCAUUUCAUACAAGGAGACUACUACUCACUUGACUUACACCAAAGCUGCGAUCAAAGAGGCCAUGCGUCUGCAUCCUUCAAUCGGUCUCAUGAUGGAGCGACACGUUCCACUCCAAGGAGCCGAGAUAUGCGGACAUUUCUUUCCCGGUGGUACGAUUGUCGGCAUAAACCCAUGGGUUCUUCAACACGAUCCCAAAGUUUACGAGGACCCAAAGACCUUCAAACCGGAGCGCUGGUUAACUGCAGACGCCGAGUUACUCUCCAAGAUGGAGGCCAGCUUCUUCACCUUUGGCGCUGGAUCGCGUACCUGUGUUGGAAAGCACAUCAGUCUCAUGGAGCUUUAUAAAGUGGUCCCAGAGUUGUUGAGACGCUAUCGCAUUGAGUUGGCAGAUCCGGAUUCUGAGUGGGAAGUGAAGAAUCGUUGGUUUGUACAGCAACAUGGCCUGAAUUGUGUGCUCAAGAGACGAGAAGUUGUCCGUGGUUGA